GGAUUUCGUUACGCAACAUGUCAGUGGCGGCACAGACACCAACGAGCUUAUGGUCGUCGUCACCUUCUUCUUCUUCUUCUCGCCGUCAAUUUUGAUAAUAUCAAACCCUUCGCCAAAGAUUUAUGCGCAUUUCAUAUAAAACCUCUGAAUUUCAAACAGCACUGUCCCAAUCCGAACAGGCUUCAUCAAUUCGCUUCUGGGUUCAAUUCACCGGUCUCCGUUCGAUUCUCUCAGCUCAGCGGGAUAAUACAAUGGCUUCUCUGGCAACCGCCGAAGUCUGUGACUCAAACGCGUCUGUCUUAGCAAGCGGCGACCUGCGCGUGCUGCAUCCAGUAUUCCAGAUAUACGGCCAGAACAGAACGUUCUCGGGUCCCAUUGUCACUCUCAAGGUGUUUGAGGACAACGUCCUGGUUCGGGAGCUGCUCGAAACCAGAGGCGAAGGGAGAGUGUUGGUCAUCGAUGGCGGAGGAAGCUUGAGAUGUGCACUGGUGGGUGGGAACAUGGGACAGUUGGCUCAGAACAUGGGAUGGGCUGGAAUUGUUGUGAAUGGCUGCAUUAGAGAUGUGGACGAGAUCAACGAGUGUUCGAUUGGUGUCAGGGCCUUGGCCUCGCAUCCCCUGAAAUCGAGCAAGAAAGGGGUCGGGGAAAAGCAUGUCCCUCUCCACAUCGCCGGCACGCUGAUCCGCGACGGCGAAUGGUUGUAUGCAGAUAGCGACGGGAUUCUCAUCUCCAAAAAUGAACUGUCUGUCUGAAGCUUGAAGAGAGCUUUUCCUAGGGAGCAUGAUUCAACGUGAAAUUGAACUUUGCCAAUUUGUUUUGUUCUCUCAUUGAUUUACGCAUUUGGUAGUGGCCUAAGCCAGAGGGCAAGAACUUCAAGUUUGUUGUUACGUGCUGUCUGUAGUAAAACACUCUCAAUGAGAGCUGGAAUAAACCAAAAAUGAAGUUUCUCAACA